AGUGCUAUGCCACCACUGUUAUCCUUCAUCAGUUCGUUCUCAUAACUCCAAGUUACUCACUCCACUCUCACUUUGCCCUUUUUCCCAAAACCAAAACCCUAGAUUCCAUCUUCAUCAUUCUCUCACCCAAACUUCUAAUUUACAUCUCUACCCUGCAAUCAAGAUCUAUCCCCUAUUCUCUUUUUAAUGCUGCUUCUACUUGUAGAUAUCAUGUGGUGUAAAAAUCUGUCUUUUUUUGUUUAGUGUGUUUUUGGCAGUGGAAAUUCCAUGGCCGAGGUUGAUCAGAACGCAGGUGAAUUCGAAGAACAACAGAAAAUUGUUGAGACGGAACAAAAUGAGUCUGAAAAGGUGGUUGAGGUGCCGAUUGUUGAGCCUGAGAAGAAAUGGCCGGGGUGGCCUGGUGAGAGUGUUUUCAGAAUGUUGGUUCCUGCUCAGAAGGUGGGUGGUAUAAUUGGUCGGAAAGGAGAGUUUAUUAAGAAGAUUGUUGAAGAGACACGUGCUCGUGUUAAGAUUCUUGACGGGCCUCCUGGAACUUCAGAACGGGCUGUAAUGGUAUCAGCCAAAGAUGAGCCUGGUUCUUCUCUUCCACCUGCUGUGGAUGGCCUGUUGAAGGCUCAUAAACGGUUAAUUGAUGGGUUAGAUGCUCCUUCAGGUUUGGCUGGGAAGGUUUCUACAAAAUUUCUAGUGCCAGCCUCACAAGCAGGAAGUUUAAUUGGGAAACAAGGAGGCACCGUAAAAUCUAUCCAAGAAGCAUCAAAUUGUAUAGUUAGAGUUCUGGGAGCAGAAGACCUGCCUGUUUUUGCCCUUCAAGAUGAUAGGGUGGUUGAAGUAGUAGGGGAUCCCAUUGGAGUGCACAAGGCAGUAGAGAUGAUUGCAUCCCACCUUAAGAAAUUUUUAGUUGAUCGCAGUAUAAUUCCAAUUUUUGAAAUGAGCAUGCAAAUGGCUAAUAACCACCCUGUGGAGCACAUGCCAGUGCCACCCCCACCCCACCAAUCAUGGGGUCCACCUCAGGGUCUCCCACCAAACGCUGGUGGAGGUCCUGGAUUUGGACUUGCUCCUCAAUUCAUGCCACCUCGAAGGCAAGUUGAUAAUUACUACCCACCAGCUGAAAUGCCUCCUCCAUUGGACAAACAGCCCCAUCAUGGUAUAUCCGCCUAUGGAAGAGAUGCUUCAAUAGGCGUUCACGCAUCAUCCAAUACUCAGUCUGCACCUUCCAUGGUCACACAGAUCACGCAGCAAAUGCAAAUUCCUCUAUCGUAUGCUGAUGCUGUUAUUGGAACAGCCGGAACAAAUAUAAGCUAUAUCAGAAGAGCUAGUGGGGCCACUGUUACCAUACAAGAAACAAGAGGAGUUCCUGGGGAGAUGACAGUUGAAAUCAGCGGGACUGCUUCUCAAGUACAAACAGCACAGCAAUUGAUACAGAAUUUUAUGGCUGAAGCUGCAGCACCGGCGCAGCAACAAACAGGUGGGCCUCCUGCAGACCAAGGAUACAAUUCCUACCCUGCUCAUAGUUCUGUCUAUGCGUCACCACCUUCCAAUCCAGGACAUGCUGGAGCCUAUGGUGCAGUUUAUGGUGCAAACUAUGGGUACCAAUGAUGAGGCAGUAGAACUAAAGCUUCCAUUAUUGAAUGUUGGAAACAUAUUUAUUUAGUGUAAUGAUUCAACAACUAUUCAACAUUGCGCUUCAUGGUUUGUUUCUGAAUCAUACAAAAAAUUGUAACUUAUUUUUGACACCAGUGUUCUGUUUCUGUUGGCAGUCAUUUGGAAAGGUCAAACAAACUUUUGAUGGCCUUGUAAUGUAUUAUUAACUUGUUCUUUGAUUGUAUCUAGUUAGUGCAUCUGUGUCUC